GGCAGGGUGGCCUUGCCAGGUUCCUGGUGGGGAAGGGGCGAGUGCGGGAGGAUGCACCAGUGGGGUCCCCCGCGGCCAGGGGGUGACAUUGUCCCCAUCCCACAGGCUGUUCCCCCCCCCUCAACCCCCCCAUGUUCCGCUCCCGCCGUGCCGCGCUGGUGAGGCGGCUGUGGCGGCAGCGCUGUGGGGCGGCCGGCCCCGAGGACGGCCCCGGCGCCCUCAAACCGGCGGCGCACGCCCUCUUCAAGAAGCUGAAGGACGAGGAACUGGAGCUGCUGGUGCAGGCGGUGGAGAGUCGGGGCGCCUGGGACUCCGGCUGCGUCUGGGCGCCGCGGGGGGCCAAGCAGGCGCUGCCCCCCCAGGUCCUGCUCUGCCGCCUCUACCGCUGGCCCGACCUGCGCCAGCCCCAUGAGCUCAAGCACCUCUGCUGCUGCGCGGGGGGGCGGGGGGGCUGCGGGGACACUGCCCUGCUCUGCUGCAACCCCCACCACUUCAGCCGCCUGGCUGCGCCCGAGACCCCACCGCCCCCCUACUCAAAGGCGUCCUGCGGUCCCUCCUGGCCGGACGGGCCCCAGCACCCCGGCACCCAGCUCCUGGAGUUUGGCUACAACGGCGGGGACUGGUGUGACACCAGCAUCUCGUGGAGCACCAUUAAGGACGGCUGCUGGUGCAAACUGGCUUACUGGGAGCACCGGACGCGCGUGGGCCGCCUCUACGCCGUGCACGAGGCCUCGGUGAACAUUUUCGGCGAGCUGCCACGGGGCAGCGGGUUCUGCCUGGGCCAGUUGCCGGCUGCCCACCGUAGCCGCGCCGUCCGGCGGGCACGGGGCAAGAUCGGGCGGGGGCUGGUGCUGAGCCGGGAGCCGGGGGGCGUGUGGGCGUACAACCGCAGCGAGCACCCCAUCUUCGUCAGCUCACCCACUCUGGGCCUCCCUGGCGCCCGCGGGCUCGCUGUCCUCAAGGUGCUGCCGGGCUACUCGGCAAAGGUGUUUGACUACGAGCGGGCGGGGGGGGGUGAGGGGGGCUGGCGGCUCCCCGGGGAGGGCCCCUGCGACCCCCAUAGUGUCCGCAUCAGCUUUGCCAAGGGCUGGGGGCCCUGCUACUCCCGGCAGUUCAUCACCUCCUGCCCAUGCUGGCUGGAGGUCCUGCUGAACCAGCCGCGCUGAGCGACCGGGGCUGGCGGGGAGGAGGGGGAUGCCAGGGAGCCCCUCACGGCAGGUGGAAAGGGGGCACAAGCUGGAGGGCCCUCUCCCUCCCCACCAGCCUUCCAGCCGGGCCACCCUGGCCCAGGAGACCCGCACUGGGACCCUCUGCCCAAGCCACGUGGGGGCCCAGUGCCCCCCGUGCCUGGCUCACCACCCUGCCGGUAACCGCCCCCCGGCCACGGGGCACUAUUUAAUCUCUUUCUCUCUCUCUUUUUUAAUUAUUAUUCUAUUGUUUAAAUUUAUUUUAAUUUAUCUUAUUUUUUCUAAAAAAAGAAAAGCACAAUGCAGGACCCCCUCCCUGCACUGUAAGUGGCCGGGGCCAGGCGCGGGGGGGGCACGGCAUCCAGGCAGGUCCGGGGGAGGCCGGGGGCCACAGGGUGAUGCUGGGGAGGUGGAGCAGUUCCCCAGCGCGCCAGAGGGAGCCUGGAAGUUGUGGCAGGAGUGGGGGGAACUGGGGUGGGCCAGCAGAGUGGAAGGUGUGGGGCAGGUGAGCACAGCUGGAUAGGUGUGGGGCAGGUGAGCACAGCUGGAUGGGUGUGGGGCAGGUGAGCACAGCUGGAGAAGUAUGGGGCAGGCUCUGGAGCAGGUGAGCACAGCUGGAGAAGUAUGGGGCAGGCUCUGGAGCAGGUGAGCACAGCUGGAUGGGUGUGGGGCAGGUUCUGGAGCAGGUGAGCACAGCUGGAUGGGUGUGGGGCAGGUGACCACAUCUGGAGAAGUAUGGGGCAGGCUCUGGAGCAGGUGAGCACAGCUGGAUGGGUGUGGGGCAGGUUCUGGAGCAGGUGAGCACAGCUGGACAAGUGUGGGGCAGGUGGUGGGAUGGGUGAGCACAGCUGGAUGGGUGUGGGGCAGGUGAGCCCCCUCGGCAGGUGCUGGCACAGCUGGGCCAGAGGUGCCCCACGGGAGCUGGGGCCGGUGUGGGGUGUCCCGCGGUGGGUCCCGGCACCAGGGGACCCCCCGGGUCCCUCCAGCCGCUGGGGCAGCGCAGGGUCCCCCCCAAGGCCCUGGGGGUCCCGGGGUGCCCGCUGUGGUAUUUGUAACCCAAAUAAACGGUGCCGCCGGCACCAACUUCC